AUGGCGCCCGUCUCAAUGCCUUCGGCCCUCACCUUUGAGCUGCUGGGAAAGUGCUCGGUCACCAAAGCACGCGCGGCAACGCUGCAUCUGCCUCAUGGCCCUGUACCCCUCCCCAUCUUCAUGCCCGUUGCGACGCAGGCCUCGCUCAAAGGCCUCACGCCCGACCAACUCGAAGACCAGGGCUGCCGACUAUGUCUAAACAACACAUAUCACCUUUUCCAGAUGGUAUCGCUCCUCAAACUCGCCAAAGUCACCGAAGAAGGUGUCCGUUUCCUCAGCCCCCACGAUGGGUCGCCCAUGCUGCUCACACCCGAGCACUCCAUCUCCCUCCAGAACUCAAUCGGCUCCGACAUAAUCAUGCAACUCGACGACGUUAUCGCAACCACCUCGCCCGACCACGCGCGUAUGAAGGAAGCCAUGGAACGCUCGGUACGCUGGCUUGACCGCUGCAUGCAAGCGCAUAAGUACCCAGACCGACAGAACCUUUUCUGUAUCAUACAAGGUGGCCUGGACCUGGACAUGCGGAAAGAAUGUACCGCCGAGAUGGUUGCGCGAGAUACACCAGGCAUCGCGAUAGGAGGUCUCUCUGGCGGUGAGGAGAAGGCAGCCUAUUGCGAAGUCGUGAAGACAUGUACCGACCUGCUUCCUGAGAAGAAGCCGCGAUAUGUCAUGGGCGUCGGAUAUCCGGAAGAUCUGGUCGUCUCCGUCGCACUCGGCGCCGACAUGUUCGACUGUGUCUGGCCAACACGAACCGCCCGAUUCGGCAACGCCAUCACAUCCCGCGGCUCCCUCAACCUACGCAAUGCCAUGUACUCCGAAGACUUUAGCGCAAUCGAAGAAGGUUGCCGAUGCACCUGCUGCCGUCCGACAUCCGAUGGCGGACUGGGUAUCACUCGAGCCUACAUAUACCACGUCACCGCGAAAGAGACUGCUGGUGCCCACCUUCUCACCAUGCACAACGUCUACUACCAAUUAAAUUUGAUGAGGGAAGCGAGGGAGGCCAUCGUGCAGGAUCGCUACCCACAAUUUGUCAAGGACUUCUUUGGUGAUCUGUACAACAGGGAAAAGGAUAAGUAUCCUGUAUGGGCGGUCGACGCGCUGAAAAGCGUUGGUGUAGACCUGCUUGCCGAGUAG